CAACCUGUUUCUGGCCUUGCUCCUGAGCUCCUUUAGCUCAGACAACCUUGCAGCUACAGAUGAUGAUAAUGAAAUGAACAAUCUCCAGAUCGCUGUGGCAAGGAUUCAGAAGGGCAUAGAUUUUGUGAAGAGAAAAGUGCGUGAAUUCAUCCAAAAAGCCUUUGUUAGAAAGCAGAAAGUUUUAGAUGAAAUCAAACCUCUUGAAGACCUAAACAACAAAAAAGACAGCUGUAUUUCCAACCACACAAUAGUAGAAAUAGGUAAAAACCUUGCCUACCUUAAAGAAGGGAAUGGAACUACCAGUGGCAUAGGCAGCAGCGUGGAAAAAUAUGUUGUUGAUGAAAGUGAUUACAUGUCCUUCAUAAACAACCCAAGUCUCACUGUGACAGUACCAAUUGCUGUUGGGGAAUCUGAUUUUGAAAAUUUAAAUACAGAGGAGUUUAGCAGCGAGUCAGACCUGGAAGAAAGCAAAGAGAAAUUAAAUGCCUCCAGUUCAUCAGAAGGCAGCACAGUUGAUAUUGGACUACCUCCAGAAGGGGAGCAGCCAGAAGUUGAACCUGAAGAAUCUCUGGAGCCUGAGGCUUGUUUCACAGAAGGCUGUGUGCGAAGAUUCAAGUGCUGUCAAGUCAGUGUAGAAGAUGGGAAAGGGAAAAUCUGGUGGAAUCUUAGGAAAACAUGCUAUAAGAUUGUUGAACACAACUGGUUUGAGACCUUCAUUGUCUUCAUGAUUCUCCUCAGCAGUGGUGCUCUGGCAUUUGAAGAUAUAUACAUAGAACAACGUAAAACUAUCAAGACCAUGCUGGAAUACGCUGACAAAGUUUUUACUUACAUCUUCAUUCUGGAAAUGCUUUUAAAAUGGGUGGCUUAUGGCUUUCAAACCUAUUUCACUAAUGCAUGGUGCUGGCUGGACUUCCUGAUUGUUGAUGUCUCUUUGGUUAGCUUAACAGCUAAUGCCUUGGGCUACUCAGAACUUGGUGCGAUUAAAUCCCUUAGGACACUAAGAGCUUUGAGACCUCUGAGAGCCUUGUCGCGAUUUGAAGGGAUGAGGGUGGUUGUAAAUGCCCUCUUAGGAGCAAUUCCAUCCAUUAUGAAUGUGCUUCUUGUUUGCCUUAUAUUCUGGCUGAUCUUCAGUAUCAUGGGAGUAAAUCUAUUUGCUGGAAAAUUUUACUACUGUGUUAACACUACAACCGAUGAGAGAUUUGAUAUCAGCCAAAUCAACAAUUACAGCCAAUGUGAGGAGCUCAUUAAAAACAAUGAAACUGCCAGAUGGAAGAAUGUGAAAGUUAACUUUGAUAAUGUAGGCCUUGGUUACCUUUCUUUACUUCAAGUGGCUACAUUUAAAGGAUGGAUGGAUAUCAUGUAUGCUGCUGUGGAUUCUCGUAAUGUUUUGGAUCAGCCUAAGUAUGAAGAUAACCUGUAUAUGUAUCUUUACUUUGUCAUCUUUAUAAUCUUUGGAUCAUUCUUUACCUUGAACCUUUUCAUUGGUGUCAUCAUAGACAAUUUCAACCAACAGAAAAAAAAGUUUGGAGGUCAAGAUAUUUUUAUGACAGAAGAACAGAAGAAAUACUACAAUGCAAUGAAAAAGUUGGGUUCAAAGAAACCACAAAAGCCUAUACCACGACCAGCAAACAAAUUCCAAGGCAUGGUCUUUGAUUUUGUUACAAAACAAGCAUUUGAUAUCAGUAUCAUGAUACUUAUCUGCCUUAACAUGGUCACAAUGAUGGUAGAAACAGAUGACCAGAGUGAAGACAUGGAAAACAUUUUAUAUUGGAUUAACCUUGUGUUUAUUGUUCUUUUCACUGGAGAAUUUGUCUUGAAAUUGAUUUCACUUCGCCAUUACUACUUUACCAUCGGCUGGAAUAUUUUUGAUUUUGUAGUUGUCAUUCUUUCCAUAGUAGGAAUGUUCUUAGCUGAGAUGAUUGAGAAAUAUUUUGUGUCCCCCACUUUGUUCCGAGUCAUCCGACUUGCCAGAAUAGGUCGCAUCCUGCGUCUCAUUAAAGGCGCAAAGGGAAUCCGCACUCUGCUUUUUGCUCUGAUGAUGUCUCUUCCUGCUUUGUUCAACAUUGGCCUGCUGCUCUUCUUGGUCAUGUUUAUCUAUGCGAUAUUUGGCAUGUCCAACUUUGCCUACGUCAAGAGGGAAGUUGGAAUUGAUGACAUGUUCAACUUUGAAACAUUUGGCAACAGCAUGAUCUGCCUAUUUCAAAUUACCACAUCUGCUGGCUGGGAUGGCUUGUUAGCCCCAAUUCUUAACAGUGGGGAGCCGGACUGUGACCCUCAUAAAGAUCACCCAGGGAGCUCUGUUAAAGGUGACUGUGGCAACCCUUCGGUUGGGAUUUUCUUCUUUGUCAGCUACAUCAUCAUAUCCUUUCUGGUGGUGGUGAACAUGUACAUUGCUGUCAUUCUGGAGAACUUCAGUGUUGCAACUGAAGAAAGUGCUGAGCCCUUGAGCGAGGAUGACUUUGAGAUGUUCUAUGAAGUCUGGGAGAAGUUCGAUCCAGAUGCAACGCAAUUCAUAGAGUUCAGUAAACUAUCAGAUUUUGCAGCUUCGUUAGAUCCUCCUCUUCUCAUAGCAAAACCAAACAAAGUCCAGCUGAUUGCAAUGGAUCUGCCCAUGGUAAGCGGUGACAGAAUUCACUGCCUCGACAUCUUGUUUGCUUUCACAAAGCGUGUGUUAGGGGAAAGUGGGGAGAUGGAUGCCCUCAGAAUACAGAUGGAAGACCGAUUUAUGGCAGCCAAUCCUUCCAAAGUCUCCUAUGAACCAAUCACAACCACAUUAAAACGGAAACAGGAGGAGGUAUCUGCUGUUGUUAUUCAACGUGCUUUCAGGCGUCAUCUUUUAAGGCAGAAAGUCAAAAAAGUGUCAUGUAUAUUUAAUCAGGAUAAAGAUGAAGAUGAGGAUGAUCUGCCCAUGAAAGAAGAUAUGAUUAUAGAUAAAUUAAAUGAGAACUCCACUCCAGAGAAAACAGAUAUGACCCCAUCCACAACUUCCCCACCAUCCUAUGAUAGUGUAACAAAGCCAGACAAGGAUAAAUAUGAAAAAGACAAAUCAGAAAAAGAAGAUAAAGGUAAAGACAGCAGGGAAAGUAAAAAGUAACACAUAAUUCUGUUUGCGAUAAACUGUUUACAGCCUGAGAAAAUAUGUAUUUGUGUCCACAGGACUCCUGUAGGAGGUACAUGCCAAACUGACAGUUUUUACAUAUAUAAAUAUAUAUAUAAUUAUAUAUAUAUAUAUAUAGAAGGUCAGUGCCUAUAACAAGACAGUGACCCCUCGUCAUCAAACUGCAACUCUGUAAAACAGGGUAACAUCUUGACAGGAGGUUGUUGUUUUUAUUACCAGCUGACACUGCUGAAGAGAAGAUAAAAUGGCCAAUCGGACUGUAGGGACUGGUUUUAAAAAAGGUGCGGACCUAGGAAUCUCUGUGUUUAACAUAAAACACUCAGUACAAAAAUUGUAUCCACUGUUUGCAUUUCAACAGCCACAUCUGCCAUAUUUUUACAAAAAUCAGUGUUGGUGAACUUAUCAUUUUUUAAUUCACAGGUUGUUUACUAUUAUAUGUGACUAUUUUUGUAAAUGGGUUUUAUGUUGGGGAAAGGGGUAUGAGAACCAGGUGUUCUACUCUCGGAUUCUCUAUAUGUACAGACAGAAGUGAUCUGCAUGAAGGCAUGCUGCACUUGUAGUUCAUGCAUGGAAAAACAUGACGUCGCACAAAGCAGCAGAGUCUGACUACUUCCAUGUUUCAGGGUGGCUCUAUAUUUUGAGGUGCUUAAAAACAGUAUACAUCCAGUAUCUCAUCCAGACAGAUAUUAAUGUGCCUGUAAAUUCCCAUAGUCUACAAGAAUAGAACAGAUGUUUUAUUUUUUCAUGUCACUUAAGUCUAGUUGAAUGAACUCUGCAUACAAAAUUUAGUGAGAGACUUGAAGUCCAUUUUUAAGUAUUCUUCUGUAAAAAACAUCUUACCUGAACUUGGGAAAUUGAAUUUACCAAACCCCACAAAACUUAAGGAUUAUGAAGUUGUUCUGCCUCACCCUGCAGUAUUGUUUAGCCAUCUUCUGCUCUCAGCAAGGUUGACAUUGUAUGUAUUGAUUAAAAAAGUACCGUCUAUGUAAAUAGUUAUUUUAUCCUGUGGUGCAUGUUUGAGCAAACAAAUAAUGACCCAUGCACAAUAUUUAUUGCAUCAAAUAUGUACCACAAUAAGUGUAGUUUGCAAGCUUUGAAGAGCUAAGAUGAAAUAUUCUGUAUCAUUAUAGAUAGUUUGGAAGCUAUCACUGAUGCAUGUUUAUCUUGCCUUUGCUGCUGUAAUUUUACUCCUUCCACUGUUAAAAGUUGAAUAUGGGAAGCCAUAUCUCAGUGGUUAAGUGAAACAAAUUGUUCAGUCAGACAUCAUUUUUUCAUGACAUCAAGCAAUAGUUUGCAGCUACUCAAGAGCUUCUUGCUUUGCAUUCUAAAAUGUUAAGUGAGUACUGUACGGUGUAUAGUUGGACUGUACAGGAUUUGUUGCAAACUGCUGAAUCUGAUGAAUAUACAUGGAUAGAAUUUUCUAAGAAAAUAUAAAUAUUGUAAAAAUAUCAUUUUAUUUUUUUUCAGUGUUUUGUACAUAUAAUAAGAAAUUAUAAUUAUCUUCAGGUUGAUGUCACCGUCACUUUUGUUAUUUUCUAUCCAUAGCACUUUUUAAUUCAAGAACUUCACAAAAAAAGAAACAAAGGAGAGGAUGGGGUAGCUUUAGGUUUCUGCUUUUUUAUUAGUACUGUAUUUUUGCACAUAUUUUAAUGUGAAGUUUCAAACUGAGUCCAAAAUGCACUUGCUUCCAUAUAGAUAUAACUUGUAAUUGAAAUGUGGUGGGGAAGAUUUGUUUAAAAUUCUAGCACUGCCUGCAUCAGAAGUUUCAAGGUAGUCUUUUUAUUCAUGAAAUCUUUACCAGUGUUUGUUUACAUAGACUAUUCUUAUUCUUGUUGAUUCAUGCUGCACUAGAACUGUUCUAAAUAUAAUAUGGGAUCCACAAUGUUUCUUUUUUCCACAGGAAUUAAAUAGCAAACUUGUAUAACUGAUCACAUCAGGACAUUUUGUGUUUCUUACACAAGCAAAAAUUCGAUGUUGACUCCUCCUUUUACAAAAAACUAUUGACUUGUGUGUCGGUGAACUGCAUGCAGGAAAAUGCUAUACCAUAAAGACCAGUAAACCACAUUACAGUUGAGCCAAAAGAAUAAAGAUUUCAUUUUUUAUUGUAUUCAAU